GUGUGAAUCUUGGCGAAAUACACUUAGUUCCAAACAAAUUUGGUUUUGCGAGAGACUCAUCUGAAACCAAGCUGAAUCCCUCGUUUAUGAAACUGAGGCGGUCUGGUGCAGCACAUUCAGUGGCUCAAAAACAUGAACAAGAGAUUCAGCUGGGUUCCAGUGUAUUUGUUGCAGUCGGUCCAAUUUGGGUUCCAGUAGAACAUAAUGUUGACGGAAACUCCGAGCCCAAAGAAGGACGAAACCGGCCUUGGACUGCCGAAGGGCUUUCAGCAACCGUAAAAUUUCGCAGCCCCUUAAGUUUGGAAAUGACGUAUAAAAAACGCUUAGCUGCAACACCCUUUUGGUGCCUAGCUACCGUGUCACCCGAAGGAAGCACGAGGGCUGAGAUGCUGCCAGAUUUACGCAGGGUGUCCAGGACCGGCACACUCUCUGCAAAGUCCCAGCAGAACAAAGAACCCUUGAAUGAAGAAGUUCAACCAACGGAACAAGAACUUGGCCCGGAAUCAAACAUUGAGGCACCGAAUUCUGCGCUGCAGUUAAAGGAAUUUUGGUUGAAUAUGGACCAGAUAUGUGACUUGUUUGACAUCCACCCUUCUGAAGCAAUAAUCGGCUUAUCAACAAUAUGUCAAUGGCCUCCCCCUCUCUUAAAAAACUGGACACAAAACCAGAACGCGUCCACUGACUUGGAUCAUUCUUUCGCUACUGUAAACCCUCCACAAGCUCGACUGAUUGUCGAAAAAGUGUGUUGCAGCCGUCUUUCUGGUAAUCCAGUCAAAUGCUUGGAUAUAAAUGCGCAUCGUGCAAUAUCACUGAAUCUCCCACCUGGAAGACACUGCUUCAGUUUGAUAGUAUGUAGCCCAUUGGGCUAUCGCGUGACCGUUUUGGGCAGCCCAGUCGUGACAUUUUCACCUGCUAGCCACGUAACACCAGUUUUGUUGGAAAAAACAUCUGAGUCACUGGGCCCUGCAGUGUCGUCUCUGGAAAAGUCACCCCGCUUGUCAAAACUGAACAAGCCACGACAAAGACAAGCAAGUCCUGCACUCAUCACGGAAACUUUAUUACAAGCCUACCAAAUGGAACUUUGCGACGAGGAUCAGAUGAACUUGGCCUGGAGAGUGUUGCAAUGGGAUUGGACAACGGAUAAUCCGUUUUAUGUUACUUACAAAACACCUA